AUGCAUAUGGGCCGGCUCAUAUGUUCUUUUUCCUUUUACGUCGGACAAGACCUCUCGCGCAUGUUCCGAAGUGAGGAGCUCCGCUGGCGUGACGAGCCGCAGCGUCGCUGGCGUGAAGAGGAACGGCGCGACGAGCAGCAAUGGCGGGGCCAGCUGAGAUGGCGCGAUGAGCGUUGGCCCGCUGAGCGAUGGCACAACAAGCAUUGGCGAGGCGAACGAUGGCCGCAUAGUGACGAUCGGCAGGACGAUCGGCGCCGCUACAACGAUUGUCGGUGCAGAGGCGAGCGCGACUAUUACGAUCGGCAUGAUGACUGGCACCACGAUCCCAGGCUCGACCAUGACCGGCGCGACCAGUACCAGCACCAGUGGCAGCCUCAUCAGCACAGCAAUCGCCGGAUGGGUCUGCCGAUCCUCAAUGACGAGCAGCAGAGCCACGACGCACUAAUGCGCAAUGAGCGCCCCUCGUCUAGCCACUGUGCUAACGGUAGUGGCCAGGUCGACCCUCUCAAGUUGACCGCAUACAUCUCCCACGCUGGCAGCGCUGACGCAUUGCUCGCGCUCUUUGCUGCCCACAGCACGAGCUUGAACCACAUCCACGCUGCGAAUCUGUGGAACAAACUGGGCAAGCAGCGCAUCGAGCGGCGGCACGAGGAGCGACUUGAGCAGCUGGUGCAGCGCACGCUCCACCUCGUCUCGUCCGACUCGCUCGCGCGGGAUCCCUCAAUAUGGAGCGAGGAGGAGCGCUCUCAGCUGCACCAGUGGCAGCUCUGGCUCUCCCUUGAGCGAGGAGCAGACGGGCAGCAGUACCUCCUCUCCGAGUCCCAGCGCAAGCUCUGCUGCGACGCCAUGCAAGGCACCGAAGUUACGAUCUCGCGCUUACAGCGCUCCGUCGCGGCUGCCCUCGCCACCCUCCAGCACGGCUUCGAGGAGGAGUAUCUCGAGCCGCGCACUGGCUACUCGCUCGACCUGGCGCUGCCCUCGUCACGCGUCGGCGUUGAGGUGGACGGCCCGUCUCACUUCUUGCUGCCCGACGGCCGGGGUGUGCGCAAACCCAACGGUCCCACGCUGCUCAAGCGGCGCCUCCUUGCGGCGGCUGGCUGGAGUGUGAUCAGCGUUCCAUUCUACGAAUGGUACGGCUUGAUUGCCGAUGAGCGGCAAGCCUACCUGGAGAGGGCGGUCGCCCCGCUGUGUAGUAGUGACUGUAGCAUUGCUUGA